AUGACGAGCAGGAAGCAAGAGCAGCAGGUGACCAUCACGGUGAUGAUCAUUGCCUUCGUUAUUAUCAUGGCACGGCGGCCGUUAGUCAGCGACGCGCGGAUCGUUAAAAUUACCAACAGGAUCAGCAGCAACAAUAAGGCGCUGAUAGUCCACUGUGCAUCCGCAGACGACGACCUCAACGGCCGCGCCGUGAGCUCCGGCGACGUCUACACUUGGAGCUUCGGGGACAACUACCUCUUCCCGCAGACGCUCUUUUGGUGCGACAUCGCGCUGGAAGACGGGCGUCUUUCUUUUGUGGCGUACCAUGAACAGAAACCCGACGGUUACACGAUGACGCUGGCGACGACGGCGAUAAUGAUGAUCAUUGCUGUUGUUCUUAUGGCACGAUCUUUAAUAAUGAUCAGCGAUGCGCGGAUCAUCAACAUCAAGAACAAGAUCGGCAGCAAGAAGGCGCUGAUAGUCCACUGUGAAUACGUCGACGGCGACCUCGGGGCCCUCGCCGUGAGCUCCAGCGACGUCUACCGAUGGGAGUUCGAGGGCGACUUCCGUCAAUGGCCGCCGGCGGUUUUCUGGUGCCACCUGGCGUUGGGAGACGGCCGUCUUUCCUUUUUGGCAUACAUUGAACAACAAUGUGCUGCUGGGGACGCAGUGAUGCGAUACGAUGUCAAUGAAACUGGGCUGUAUGGCCUUGAGUUGUAUAAUACGUAUAAGGGAUAUGUGCUGCUUCGUGCGUGGAGCCGAGUUCAGCUCCCUUGA